CCUGACGAAGCGCGAGACGGUGGCCGAGAGGAAACCGGGAGGCGCACGGUGGCCGACGAGGUCGGGCAUGGAGCAUCUGGAGCGCUUCGCGUGGAUCCUCCGGGGGACGCUGGUGCGGGCUGCAGUACGGCGCUACCUGCCCUGGGCCCUGGUGGCCUCUAUGCUGGCGGGCUCCCUCCUCAAGGAGCUCUCCCCGCUGCCCGAGAGCUAUCUCAGCAACAAGCGCAACGUCCUCAACGUGUAUUUUGUCAAAGUGGCCUGGGCCUGGACCUUCUGUCUCCUCCUGCCUUUCAUCGCCCUCACCAACUACCACCUGACGGGCAAGGCUGGCCUGGUCCUGCGGCGGCUGAGCACCCUGCUUGUGGGCACGGCCGUCUGGUACGUGGGCACGGCCGUCUUCGCCAACAUCGAGCACUACACAGGCAGCUGCUACCAGUCCGCAGCCCUGCAGGGGGUGAGAAAGGAGCACCAGAGUAAGCAGCAGUGCCACAGGGAAGGAGGCUUCUGGCACGGCUUUGACAUCUCAGGCCACUCCUUCCUGCUGACUUUCUGCGCCCUCAUGAUCGUGGAGGAGAUGGCCGUGUUGCACGAGGUGAAGACGGACCGCAGCCACUGGCUCCACGCAGCCAUCACCACCCUGGUGGUCGCCCUGGGCUUCCUGACCUUCAUCUGGGUGUGGAUGUUUCUGUGCACGGCCGUUUACUUCCACAACUUGUCCCAGAAAGUGUUUGGCACCCUGUUCGGUCUGCUGGGCUGGUACGGGACGUACGGGUGUUGGUAUUUGAAAUCCUUCUCUCCGGGACUUCCUCCCCAGAGCGCUAGCCUGAAUUUGAAGCAAGACAGUUACAAAAAAUAAAAGAGAAACCAAAGGGAUGACAGCAGGACACUGGCUAAUAGAUUUUCCAUAUACUUUUCUUGGUUAUUUGACUAAAUUAUUGAUCCUGCUUCCGGAAGGGAGCUUACUGGGCAGUUUUGGGGGGCGGUGGUGGAGUCUGGGGAAGGCGAGGUCAGGCCCCAGACUGUUCUUGGUGACAUCACCCCAUGUUACCAGCACCACCAUUCCUAGUCAGUUACUUUGCGUCCCUGGCAAGAGUUGACCUUAAUCGGUUACGUCCGUUUUGUCCCUAGAGGGCUGAGCUCAGGGUCAGCCAGAGGGCAGCAUCAGGAAAGCCUCUGUGGUGUGGCUGAAGGGGGGCCAGGACCUCAGGACUCUCCUCUGCUGCCGUCAGACGCUCCCUGAUUCUCAGCUGUCUUCUGUGUUAACGCUGUUAUUUAACAGUAAUCCCUCUGGUCAGUUUUGCAUAAGCAUUUAUUUCCAGCAGGGUUCUUUAUAAAAUAACCAACCACCUAAAAGACACAUCCUGGUUGUAGUAUUUAUUUCAUCCGAGGAAUGUCAAAUAUUGCAACUGGCUUGUGAUUAGCUACCAAAACAGUUAAACUGGUGUGCCUCUGUGAAAGAGUAUUGGAUGAUUUUUUAUGUAAUGAACAUGGAUAAUUUUCUGUCCAUGUUGUCUGUUAUAUAUUGGUUUUUGGUGACCCCCUUCUAUUUUGAGUGAAUGCUUUAUAGUUUUUAAUAACAACCAUGACAUUUGUUCUUUGCUGACAAAACUCCUGAAAAUAACUCUCGACUCCACUGCUGCACUUUGGCGUGUGUGUAGGUUGCUCCGAGUGCUUUUUAGAACACUCUGGGCUUACGGUAUUAAAUUCAAGCUCACAGGACUGUUUUCUCUGUUAAGCAUAAAACCUGAAAGCAGACGUUUCAAUGACCUGUUGAAUCUUAAGCGGAGUCAGAGUAAUUUUGCAAAAUGCAUAUUUGCACAGAAACUCUCCGGACCACAUGUCAGUGGUAUAGACUGAAUGGUGCUUCAGAGUCACGUGAUAAGAAGUCUUCUCUGUCCUUUGCUGUGGCCCAAGGCACUUGUACCCUUUUGGACAAGAUUAUGGUAAGUCAGAAGCGGAGGAAAAUAUCUUCCCUUGCUUCUGAUGGCAAGAAGCCAACCUGUUUGCAAAAAUGUCCCUGUUAAAUGGUGGCUUGACUUUGGUCCCACCCUCCUCUUACUUGGAACACCACCAGAACUAAACGGAGGGCUGUUUUAUCUGCCCUUGGACUCAACCUUUUCUUCCCCCUUUGCAGCACUUCUCAAUUUCCAGCCGUGUCCUUGUCUGGCCCUCACUUUGGGAGUGCUGGGAAAAGUUAGGUACCCUGUCCCCUCCACCCCACAAAGACACAGUUACUGCUCUGUGAUAAGCUACCCCUUCCCUCUCCAGGGUUUCGCCUUAAGCCUUCCAAACCCAACCCCUUGCAUUUUGGAUAAUCAUCCUGGAAGCUUCUUUGAUGCCCCUCCCCCCCCCCCAGUCAAGCCUGGUAAUAGCCUUAACUGAUAAGCACGGCACUUGACUGGCUUAACUAACUCAAGCUUAGGUUGUUAGGAGCUUGAAGUCUGGAAAAUCUUCAGUGUAAAAUGUACUGCAUAUAAAGAUAUACUUAAAAUAUGUAGUUUGUAUCUCAUCCCGCCACAGGUUAACCUGUAUUGAUCAAAAUGUGGGGUGUGAUGCAUUGUACCCAGAGGUGGCAAAAACACCUGACAGUGAGAUGUCAGAGGUGUCACCAUGGUACUUUGGGACCAUUGGUAAGACAUGAUGGGCCCCGGGAGAAUUGUCUUGCUCUCUGGAGCUUACAUCUGCAAACCAGCGGUGGACGUGGUGGUAGGGUUGGUGGCAGGGGCUUGUUGAAGGGAUUGAACUCUCUCCUAAGUUUCAUGUUCAGCACCAAAAGGCAACAGGCACAGGGUGACUCUAGUUCAUUUGUCCCACUUAAAUCUCCAGACAUUUCUUUCCUGCAGGUCUGAUUCAGGCUCAGCCUCACAUUAACUUUGUGGAAAGCAUCUAUUACUGAAUCUUGUGUAGUGGUUAGUCUUCGGCCACUUCCUGUUCAGUCUUAGCACCUUUGCCUGUCUCUAGGGAACGUGCCGUCAGUCCCUAUGUGAGACAGUGGGCAAGGCUGAAAGUGGGUUUAGGUAGGCGUGAGAUGUGGGUCCAAAUCGUGUCUGACCCUGGUCAAGCCUCAAUUUCCCCAUCUGUAAAACGGAGGUGGUGCUGUCAGGAUGAAGGGAAACGAUACAUGUGAAAUGCCCAGCACAUGCGCAUAGCCAGUGAAAACCUUCCUGCCUCCUUUUUCUUGAUGAAGCCUUUAGGACUUUUUGGCUCCUCUAGAGAAGGCAGGGAAACUAACAUCUUUGGAGUGCCAUUUGGGGCCUGGGUGUCCUGUUGAAAUAGGCUCGUAUUGUCUUUUGAAAAGUGUCUGUUCCCCAGGUGCUGAGCAAGAGGCUUUCGAGGGCACCCGUGAUCAUGGAAGACCGCCGUGCUUGUGUUGCCUCUCUGUGUUGAGGUUCCUUCACUGGCACCUCAUUUUCCACGUGCAUCUGUCAUAGUCUGAGUACCAGAUUGUAUUUAGAGAAUGGCUCUUGCCACUGUUGUGUACACACACAGAUCGUGUGUGUAAACAGGCAAAUUAAGUAAACUGGAGAUAAUGAAA